UUGUUUAAGUAAAUAUGUAGAGCAUGUGAAAAUUAACAGAAUUUCAAAUUAAAUAAUUUCAGCUGUAAACGAACGUCAUUGGAAUGUCACGAAAGUGUCAAUGCCGUCUACAGCUUUGUGGUGAAAUAACUUUUACAGCCCGGCAGGGAUAUUAUGUAAAAAAUGAGUGUCUUAAAUACAAGAGCUGAAAAAAAA